GAACAGGGCGUAUUGUGAAGACAAUGGAGGACACAAUUCACAACCAAAGUGAACAGCAUUUGCCCUUCACCUGGAAAGUCCAAGAAUACAGGAUUCCAGCUCUUGCAUAUUACAGUGUUGUUCUGCCCAUUGGACUUCUGGUUAACAUCUCAGCACUCUGGGUCUUUAGUUGCACCACAAAGAAAAGAACAACUAUUACUGUGUACAUGAUGAACGUAGCGCUGCUUGAUCUAAUGUUUUUACUUUUCGUUCCUUUUCGUAUUGUAUAUUAUGCACAACAAUAUUGGCCCUUUGGAGAUAUUUUCUGCAGGAUUUUGGGUGCUCUCACUAUAUUUUACCCUAGUGUUACUCUGUGGCUUCUUGCCUUUAUAAGUGCUGAUCGAUACAUGGCUAUUGUGCAACCAAAGCACAUUAAGGAGUUGAAAAACAUUUCCAAAGCAAUGGCUGCAUGCUUUGGUAUAUGGAUAAUGACUAUUGUAACCACAACUCCCUUGCUUUUUGUUUAUGAGGACCCAGACAAGGAAUUUAAUUUCACCACAUGUUUAAAAAUAUUUGAUAUCAUCCAAUUUAAAAGAAACAUGAUUUUAAACUUUGCUCGGUUAAUUUUCUUUUUCUUGAUCCCCUUACUGAUCAUGAUUGGUUGCUAUGCCAUUAUCAUUUACAGUCUCGUCAAUGGCAAAACUUCCAAACUGAAGCCGAAGGCCAAGAAGAAGUCCAUACGGAUCAUUGUUACUUUGAUCAUACAAGUGUUAGUUUGCUUUGUGCCAUUCCAUGUUUGUUUCAUAUUGCUACUGAUCCAGGAUGGACAGGACUAUUAUAUGUCAUGGGGAGCUUUGUCAACCUUUCUAAUGAAUCUUAGCACUUGCCUGGAUGUUAUUCUAUACUAUAUAGUGUCCAAACAAUUUCAAGCUAGAGUUAUUAGUGUCAUUUUUUAUCGCAAUUACUUACGCAGUGUGAGAAGGAAAAGUGUCCGGACUGGAAGUGUAAGGUCUUUAAGCAACAUUAACAGUGAAAUGAUAUGAACUAAGUAAAGUGAUUUUUUUCUACAAUAUAUUAAUCUGUCAAUGACUUUAUAUCUUACUCUGUAUAGAUCUUGAUAUACUGUAAACAGAGAACUUAUAUGUUCUAAAAGAAAAAAUCUCCCUUUAAGUAUUCAGUGUACUCAUCCGUCUUAUAGAGCUUUAGAAAUAAUGUUAUUUUCGCAUUACACAUGGACAAUGGCAAUAGAAUAAUAUAGCUAAAGGAUAUAAAGGAUCAGUUUUGAGCAUAAUAUUUUUUUACUAUGGAUCUUAACUAAAGAUAAUAAAAAAGUGAUGUUUUAUUCUUUUUUUAAAA